AGGAACACGCGAAGGAGUUCGAUCUUUCGUUCAAAGGGGCAAGACGUGCGAAGGAGGAUCCAACGUUUUGAGGAAUUUACCUGCGUUUAUAACAUGUCUGAAACCGACGAACUUGCCAGCAAGCUCGCAAGGAGAACCGCCAUUAAUGAGGGCGAAGAAAAGCCUCGAUUCAAGAUUCAAGUCUUCAAUCCCUAUACCGAGUUCAAAGAAUUUAGUCGCAAGCAAAUAAAGGAAUUCGAAAAGAUGUUCAAGAAAUAUGAUGUAGAUAAUAACACAUUUUUGGAUCUAAUGGAGAUGAAGCAGAUGAUGGAAAAGUUGGGUUGUCCACAGACCCAUAUUGGCCUAAAGGGCAUGAUCAAGGAAGUGGACGAAGACAAUGAUGGUCGAGUGAGCUUUAGAGAGUUUCUUCUGAUUUUUCGCAAGUCAGCAGCCGGUGAGCUUGUUGAGGGUUCUGGCUUGGCGGAACUUGCCCGUCUUGCGGAGAUUGAUGUUGACGAGGUUGGUGUAGGAGGUGCCGCUACCUUCUUUGAAGCGAAAAUCAAACAGGCUCAAGCUUCGUCUCAGUAUGAAUUGGAAAUCCUGCAAGAACAGGAAGAGAGAAAGAAAGAGGCAGAACUUGCAAAGCAGCGCAAGGAGCAAUUCAAAGCAAAGAAAGCCGCCUUUGCAGCUUCUUGAAUAUCUAAUAGAUAUUCAGAAUUAGAAAUUAAUCAAUGAUUUGUUUGCGUCAAGGUUUAUAUAUAACCUAAUGCUUUUAGAUUUCUGUGAACAAAUGUUUUGUGAAAUAGUAGGUUCUAAAGGCAUAAUUGCAUCAACAAACUUCGCACUUUAUAUGCUAGAGUAUGAGUAUUCAAACUUUUUAGGCAGUAUAUUUUCGUACUUUUACUAUCCUUCAAAAACAGGCGAAGCAGAUGUUCAGAGUGAAUUCAUGAACAGGUCCAAUGAUACCAUCAGGUGACGUCUGUAAGUGUGGGCUUGCUUGCAAUAAAGAUUACACAUUUUUA